AUGCGUUCUUUCAUCACCCUGUCCAUUCUCACUCUCGCGGCCACUGCCUUCGCCAAGAGGGGAUGCGCACCGGACCCCAACAAUCCUGGUUCUGGGUGGUACAGGGUUGUCGAAGGUGACAGUCUGAAUGCCAUCGCCGCAGACUUUGGAUCUAAUGCCGACAGCCUCGCCGCUGCCAGUAACAUCGCCGACAAGAAUUUCAUCGUUCCUGGUCAGAUUAUCACUGUUCCUUGCUGA